GCCCCUAACGUGCACUAUAAUUAUGAAUUUUGAGAAUUUUAAAUUUAAAAUCUCUGGUAAGAACCAAUAAGGGUCAAUCUGAAUUAUGUCAAAGAAGAGGAAAAUAAACAAUCAUUUUCUAUUUUUUAUGUUGAUAUAAUUGGUUUUAUAUUUUGAAUUUAUUGUCAAAGUAGGUUUGUAACUCUCAAGUACAUUUCAAUUUGACCAGACCUAUUUGGAUAUUUGAUUAACAUCUAUAACAGUUUGAACACAGUCUUAAGUCGUUGAUUCCCAUAAUUAGGUUGUCUAUUUUCUUUCUAAAUAAAAUGAAGAAUAGCUUCUUUUUGGACCUCUAGAAAAGUAGUUGUGCAAUGAAAAUUCACUGAACGUAAUAAUAACAAAUCUUUCUGCAGUUGUCACAAACUGGUUUUGAUUUUAACAAUCUUCUUAUUUGACAAAACUUCUCGACUCUGUCGAUCGGCUCUCGAUUUCUAAUUUCAGAUCCAAUGUCUCCCUCAAAACCCGGUGAGUCAUCUGGGAAAAGAGUGAUAGUGGUGACUGGGUCGUAUAAGGGCAUUGGGUUUGAGGUUGUGCGUCUGCUGUGUGAGCACUAUGGGGACAGAGCCACAGUGUACAUGACAGCCAGAGAUGCCACCAGAGCACAGCCAUACAUGGAACAGUUGAAGGCGAAGGGACUCAAUCCAGCAUUUGCGGAGCUAGACAUAACCUCGAAAGACAGUGUGAUGGCUCUGAAGGAAUCACUGGAGCGUGAACACAAUGGUGUAGUGCACUGCAUCAUCAACAAUGCUGGAAUGGCUUACAAAAGAGAUGCCCCAGAUCCUUUUCCACAACAAGCUUCCGAAACGAUUGCGAACAACUACUUUGGAUACCUUUUAAUCAGUGAGGUCUUAUAUCCUAUUGUUGCCAAUGAUGGAUGUGUCAUAAAUGUAGCCAGCAUGUGUGGCAAACUGAAUCAGGUAUCAGAUCAGUACCAGAAACAACUAUCUGAAGCUGAUAAUAUAGACACAGUAACCGAAGUGAUGAACAAAUUCGUGGCAGCUGCUCAGAAGGGUGAACAGAAACAAGCUGGAUUCUCCAAUUCGGCAUAUGGAAUGUCCAAAUUAGGAAUGAUUGCCGCGGGAAGAGUUCAUGCGAAACAACUGGCUGGUCGGAAUAUUGCAGUGUUGAACAUGUGCCCUGGUUGGUGUAAGAGUGACAUGGCCGGGUGGGAGAGACCCCCCAAGACUGCAGCUGAGGGGGCAGACACUGUUGUGUGGCUGGAGACUAUGACUCACGAGGAGCAGAUGAAAAGAUCGGGUGGUUUCUUCCAAGAGAGGAAAGACUACCCAUGGUAGCACGCAUGAACAAACAAAUAAACUUGUAUAUUUUUUAUUAUUCGAUUAGAUGUUUUGAUAUUUUUAUCAUUUAUUUAUCUGAUUUAGUUGAACGUUCCAGCAACAA